AUGGCUCCUUUCACGGUUAUCAUUAUCGGCGGCAGCGUAGCGGGGUUGACUCUCGCCAAUAUUCUCGAGAGAUAUGGCAUUGAAUAUAUCCUCCUGGAGAAAUACAACGACAUUGCUCCCCAGCUGGGGGCCAGCAUUGGAAUCCUACCCUAUGGCUCUAUGGUGCUGGAUCAGCUCGGAGUUGAGGAGAAGAUCUCGUCCAUGUGCGAACGCUUGGAAACGCAGCAGAUAUUUGGGCCAGAUGGAGAGUGUCUUAAUACUGAGCCCGGAUUCGGUCAACUACUGGCAGAGCUACACUCGCCGCUCACCCAAAGAAGGGCAGGAUACAAGUUCAGCUUUCUGGAUCGCCGUGAACUUAUCCAAGUCCUCUACGACAAUCUCCGAGAUAAGUCUAAGGUCUAUGUGUCGAAGGAGCUUGCCAAGAUUGAUCACCUCGAUGGAGAAGUGAGAGUCACUGCCAAAGAUGGCACAAUCUUUACAGGAGACAUUGUCGUUGGUGCAGACGGUGUUCACAGCCGGACCAGAGCAGAGAUGUGGAGAAUUGCUGAGGCAGAAGAUCCUUCAUAUGGAAGCCAAAGAUUGGCUAAUUCAAUCACCUGUACAUACAGGUGUAUGUUCGGCAUUUCUGAUUGUCCAGAAGACAUUCCCAAAGAGACCGGGUUCAAAUCGUUCCACAAAAAUCAUUCUUACUUAUGCCAGUCGGGCCACGAAGGCAAAUUCUACUUUUUUGCAUUCAUAAAGAACCCACAAAAGACUGUCGGCCUCUCCAUUCCUCGAUAUACGGCCGACGAUGAACGGGCCGUGGUGGAAGAAUACGGAGAGGAUAUUAUCCGACCAGGCCUCAUCUUCAGGGAUAUCUAUCAACGUCGUCGACAUGCGGUUCUCGUUCCACUGCAGGAAUAUGUGUUGGACAGAUGUUUCUACAAAAGGGCAAUUCUCAUUGGCGACUCCUUUCACAAAUUCAACCCUCUCACAGGGCAAGGUGGGAACUCCGCCAUCGAGGAUGCAGCGUUGCUCGGUGAUCUAUUAAAGGAGGCGUUGGACAAAAACUCUCGUCCCACAAGCAGCACGAUCCAAGCAGGAUUCGCCGAGUUUGAGCGAAAACGGCGACCCAGAACGAAAUUGCUGCGAGACGGGGCCAGUUUCUUACAAUCGCUUGAAGCCCUCGAAACUCCCUUGUUGGAGUUCAUGGCUCUCAAUGUCAUGGGCAAAAUGUCAAGCGAUCAGCUGGCUCUAAUAUUUGCGGGAGUAUGCUCGCCUUGUCAUAUUCUGAGAUAUCUGCCAGAGCCGUCGCGUAAAGGUGUUGUCGCCCGUGACGAGGACAUAGUCGCAAACCCCAGCCAGCGGCGACUACCUGCAACUGUUGUUUGGGUUGCUAUUUUGGCUUCUAUUGCUGGCUUGAGUCUGCUUGCGCCCAGACAUAAGCGCCUUGAAAAUGAAAGGGAGGUCGUUAGCGAUGUGCUUCAACUUUAUACUCUUAUGCUCACGGUUGCUGUGAAUGUGUUGUGGACGGUAGAGUCCUACCGGCCUAGCUUCUUAUUUGGACCACUGCACAGGUGA